GGAGAUUUAGAAGGAGAGGAGAGCAUAAGAACUACUCUUAGUGAAGAGGUAAAAGAUACUGAAAAGAAGGAAGAGACAGAAGCAGAUGGGCAACUGGAGGAGAGCAUAGAGGCUCAGAGUGUGAACUCAAGCAAGAGUCCUGUCCCAGCCCAAACAGCUGUAACUGCACCAAAGACGUGGAAGAAACCAAAAGACCGGACCCAAGCCACUGAUGAGGUGACAGAGGUGGAAACGGAGCCUAAAGAAGAGGAGGAACCUUCAGUGGACAAAGUACUUGAAAGCGACCAGGAGAAAAUGAGCCUUGGGCUUCAACUGGAGAGGGAACCCUCUGAGCUUAAACCAGCAAAACCUGUGGAAGAAAACGGAGAGCAGGAAGCAGAACCCGUGCGGAACGGUGCCGAGAGCGUGUCCGAGGGGGAAGGGACCGACGCAAACUCAGGCUGCACAGAGAGCUCCAGCGAAGGGCCAGUGUACCAGCACAAACCAGAGCAGUGGAAGCCCCAGGGCCCGGGGGGGAAGAAGCAGUACGACCGGGAGUUCCUGCUGGAUAUCCAGUUCCUGCCUAUCUGUAUCCAGAGGCCGGAGGGGCUCCCUCCCAUCAGUGACGUGGUGCUCGACAAGGUCAACCAGCCGAAAUUGCCACUGAGAACUCUGGACCCUCGGAUCCUGCCUCGAGGCCCAGACUUCACACCAGCCUUUGCUGAUUUUGGGAGGCAAGCCCCGGGCGGAAGAAACAUGUCUGGAAGUGCCUGCAAAGUGCAGAGCAACCCUGGAUUGCCCUCCCUGGCUCGGUGCGGGCCCCCAGCAUGCCCUCUCUUGGUCUCGCCUCACCCACCAUUGAGGAACCUGCCAAUAGGGUUGUUGAAUGUUGGACCGAGGAGAUCUCAGCCGGGCCAGAGGAGGGAGCCCAGGAAGAUCAUCACUGUGUGUGUGAAGGAGGAUGUCCACCUGAAGAAGGCAGAGAAUGCCUGGAAGCCAAGCCUGAAGAGGGAAAACCAAACCGAGGACCCAGAAAAUGUCAAAACACAGGAGCUGUUCCGCAAGGUACGAAGCAUCUUGAACAAGCUGACACCUCAGAUGUUCAACCAGCUCAUGAAGCAAGUGACAGACCUGACAGUGGAUACAGAAGAGAGACUGAAAGGAGUCAUCGACCUGGUCUUUGAGAAGGCUAUCGAUGAGCCCAGUUUCUCGGUGGCCUACGCCAACAUGUGCAGGUGUCUGGUGACGCUGAAGGUGCCCAUGGCAGACAAACCUGGGAGCACAGUAAAUUUCCGUAAGUUGCUGUUAAAUCGCUGCCAGAAGGAAUUUGAAAAGGACAAAGCUGACGACGACGUCUUUGAAAAGAAGCAGAAAGAGCUCGAAGCUGCUACCACUCCAGAGGAGAAGACGCGGCUCCACGAUGAGCUGGAAGAGGCCAAGGACAAAGCCCGACGGAGAUCCAUUGGGAAUAUAAAAUUCAUCGGUGAACUGUUCAAACUGAAGAUGCUGACCGAGGCCAUCAUGCAUGACUGCGUGGUGAAGCUGCUGAAGAACCACGACGAGGAGUCCCUCGAGUGCCUUUGCCGCCUGCUCACAACCAUUGGCAAGGACCUGGACUUUGAGAAGGCAAAGCCCCGCAUGGACCAGUAUUUUAAUCAGAUGGAGAAGAUUGUAAAAGAGAGGAAAACCUCCUCAAGGAUUCGGUUCAUGCUUCAGGAUGUAAUAGACCUAAGGCUGUGCAACUGGGUGUCACGCAGGGCAGACCAGGGCCCAAAGACCAUCGAGCAGAUUCAUAAAGAAGCCAAGAUUGAAGAGCAGGAAGAACAGAGGAAGGUGCAACAACUCAUGACCAAAGACAAGAGGAGACCAGGUGUCCCACGGGUCGAUGAAGGCGGUUGGAACACUGUGCAGGGGGCAAAGAACAGCAGAGUGCUGGACCCCACCAAGUUCCUUAAAAUCACCAAGCCCACAAUAGAUGAGAAGAUUCAGCUCGUGCCUAAAGCCCAGUUGGGCAGCUGGGGGAAGGGCAGCAGUGGUGGAGCCAAGGCAAGCGAGAUGGACUCCUUGCGACCAAGCGCCACUAGUUUGAACAGAUUCUCUGCCCUGCAGCCUCCAGUCUCACCUGUAUCUGCCUCAUCUGCAUCUUCAGAACUAGAUUCUCGCAGGGCCUUAACUAGUCGUGGGAGCACGGGCAGGGAGAAGAACGACAAACCUCUGCCGCCGUCCCUGUCCCGACCCAACACCUUCCUCCGGGGCAGCAGCAGUAAGGAGCUGCUGCUCGACAAUCAGGCACAGGAGGAGCAGCGGAGGGAGAUGCUGGAGACAGUGAAGCAGUUGACAGGAGGAAUGGAGAUGGACAGGAACAGCACUGAGGCAGAGAGGAGCAAAGCCAAGGAAUCUGCUAAGCCAGAAGCUCCCCCACCUCCAGCACAAGAGAAGCCUUCGCUAUCAGAAGAGGAAAUAGAGAGAAAAUGCAAAUCUAUCAUUGAUGAGUUCUUGCAUAUUAAUGAUUUUAAG